UUUGUGUGUCUGUGUGCGCUCUUUGCUAUGGCAAACGCUGGUUUUCUGGGACUACUCGGAGGAGGCGGCGGUGGUGGUGGUGGCGGCAGCGGCAAGUCGGGCCUCAGCUUGGGAGGCGGUAGCGGUGGUGGAGGCGGAGGCGGUUAUGGUGGUGGCUAUGGCGGUGGCUAUGGCGGCGGUCACGGCGGUGGCUAUGGCGGUGGACACGGCGGUGGAUACGGUGGUUCAUAUGGCGGACACUACGGUGGCUCACACGGAUCCGUACAAGUUGUCAAAGUCAUUCACCAACAGGGCGGAAUCUCUGGCGGUGGUUACUCUGGUGGUGGCUACUCCGGCGGUGGCUUCUCUGGCAGCAGCGGCUAUGCUGGCGGCUACGGCUAUGGACCCGCACCACAGGUUUACAAAGUGAAGGUAGUCUCAGGCGGUGUCGCUGCUCCAGCGCCUAUCCACCAUGGCAGUGGACCCGCGUCUGUUAAAGUGAUCAAGGUUUUGCAUCAGGAGUCUGGCCCACUAGUCGGCGGUCCCAUCGUUCAGAGCGGCCCACAGAUCAUUAAGGUUUUGCAUGAGAAUCACGAUGCUGGUCAUCACAUCCAUGCUGGUCCAUCUGUUCAGGCACAUACCAAAGUGGUGCGUGUCAUUCACGAACAUGCUUCGGUUGCAGCUCCCGCUCCAAUCUAUAAUGCCCCUGAUUCAGCUCCAAUUUAUACUGCACCUGCACCAGCACCAGCUCCAAUAUACAGUGCACCAGCACCAGCUCCAAUUUAUAGCGCACCCGCACCAGGCCCAGUUUACAGUGCGCCCGCGCCAGCUCCAAUUUACAGUGCACCAGCACCAGCGCCAGCUCCCAUUUACAACGCACCAGCGCCAGCUCCCAUUUACAACGCACCCGCACCAGCUCCCAUAUACAACGCACCCGCUCCAAUCUACAACGCACCCAUUACAGUUCCCGCACCAGCACCCGCCCCUCUGCCCAUUUACAAUGCGCCCAUUGCUGGCCCAGCUCCUGCUCCCAUUCAGUAUAACGCUCCCAUUCAAGCCACCGCUCAGGCUCAAUACAAUGCUCCUGCUCCGAUUCAAUAUGGCGCUCCGCUUCAGGCACCAUCGCCCGUCCUGAGCGUGCCGGAAUCCGCACCUGCUCAAAUCUUUAAUCAGGGCCCAGUCUUGAGCCUCCCCGCACCCGUUGAGGAAACACCAUUGCCCAUCGGCCAUGCACCUGCCCAGAGCUAUGGUCCGCCUCAGCUCUAAAUAGUUAUCCAUUUACAACAGCAACACACCAACACCUAAGAGCAUUACAGCACCACUGGAGGCGCCAACAAUCACCAGCACCAGCCCCACAUAUUUCUGCAUGUGGAGAUACAUCAAAGACCUCCAAUUCUAUGACUUCUGCCUCCUAUCGACCUAUCGACCUCUCGAUGUAGUUUCUUUACACACUCAAAGCUCUUCUAAACGACGCCAUAAAUUAUUUUAAUUUUUUUUUUUUAUAAUAGAUGUAUUUUGAUUUUGUUAAAAAAAUAUAUAAAAUAAACUGACUGUUAAACGAACACAGAACUUGAGAACAAUUCGGGAUAUAGACGGCAUAUUUAGAGUAUGAGAUACCUGCUAAAUAACAGCUGAUCCUAAAUAUGUAUAUAUACAUUAAAUGUAAUACUGUCCUGUAGGAUUUUCUAAACAAGAAUGAAAUCGUAGGCACUACAACAACUAGCUACGGCUCUACAGAAUAUUAAUUAAAACUCCAAAAAAAUCAACGAUCCGCUUGCACUUGCACUCCAUCCUCCCCACACCAACAGAGUGUGGGAAGUGGAUUUUGAACAAAAAAUUAUAUCACUGGAGCCCACUCUAAACUUGACCUUCGCGUUGGCGCCUAUGCAAUGCAACGCCUGCUGGUGCGCUUGCGCAAAUAAUAGUCUAGCGCAUUAGCAUAAAUAAACUGUUAAAUUUCACAUUUUCUUUUUAUCUUUUGUAGGGCUUAACAAAUGUUUGAACACGCGAACAAAACAACAAAAAAAAAAAAA